CUGCCACUAGUACCCAACAACCACCGCGGGGACCCCUUCCCGAGCUCGAACCACCCCACCCCACCCCACCGCAGGAUAUGAGAAUACUAUGAUCCCCGUCCCUCCGCUACUCCCCAGUCCCCACUACCUUUGCCGUCACAUGCGCACAAGAAAGAACCACCCGCGCCGCCCCUGAGGCCUGCCUGACCCCUCCUCUUCCCUCCUCUCCUCCAGCGCCCAGCCAAGCCGUCGCCGCGCCGCUUCCAUGACCCUCGUUCGCGGCAUCGUCCGUGGCAGCGCCUUCUUGUGCUUGACAACCCGCUGAGCUGCUGCGUGGCCGCACUCGCGCAUUGCGCCGAGACCAGCGAGGGGGUCCGUGCGAUGGCCGCCGCGAGGAGGCUCUCGGAGCUGCUGCAGGAGCAGCAGGAACCGUUCCUCGUCGAGGCCGCCAGGGGAAGGCGGCCCCGGCGCGGCCGUGGCUCGAGCGCGAGCGGGGCAGCAGCAGCAGCAGCAGCAGCAGCAGGAGGAGGAGGAACAGGCUGCUGCCCCGCCGUCGCGUGCCGGCGGCUGCUCAGGCUCUGCAACCACGGGAUCAAGAAGAGGAGCUCGCCGGGCGGCGUCGCGAGCGGCCUCAGGUCGGCGCUGAGCAAGGUGCUGGGCAGCAGGGCCAUGCGCCGUGUGCUGCGCUGGGACGACCUCGGCGGCGGCGCCGGCUGCUUCUCCGGCGCCAGCGCCUGCGGCUCCCGCGAGUUCCGCCGCCUGCGCCGCCGCUCCCUCGGGGACAGCGGCGAGUGCGACCCUCGCGCCAUGGUGUUUCCUGGGGACGAUGGGGAGGAAGAGGAGCGGAUGGGGUGGAAGGCCGACAUGGACGUCGACUCGUCGCGCCAGCUCAGCCCGGUCUCCGUUCUCGACCUGCACUCCGACGACGACGACGAGUCGCCGGUGCAUUCCCACUGGGGCGACGAGAAGCCAUCGACCUCCGGGAGCUCACCUCCGUCGGAGUCUUUCCUGGGCCCGGCCUCGCCAUGCUUCAGCUACAAUCUCCACGACAAGUUCUGCGAGAUGGAGGUGGACGACGAAGCCGAUGAGGAGACGACGGUCCGGAACGGCAGCAGGUCCAUAGAGGAGCAGAUCUCGUCGUGGGAGAAGAUCGCGGGGGACAUCUCGAGGAUCCCGGCGAUGAUGGAGCUGGACCUGUCGCGGUCCGCGCGGCAAUGGCGGGAGCCGAGGCCGGAGGUCAGGGAGAUCGGCGCCAGGAUAGAGACACUCAUCUUCGACGACAUCAGGAGGGAGGCCGUGUGCGACAUGCUCGCCUCGCAUUGUCGAUUGGCAGCAGGAGCAGCAGCAACAUCUUGUUGCUCGGGGUAGGAGGAGGAGGGGUGUUCUUGGUUAGAAGUAAGAAAAAAAAAAGAGAGUACGUAAAAACAGUAGAGUGAGGAUGUGUACAAUCUGUGAGGCUUGCUUGCUUGAUGUGGAAUUCUUUUUGCCCAAACUCCAAAGCCUUGGACUCUUGGUCGCUUUCCUGCAUCGGGUUCCAUCCUGUUUAUAUGUUAAUAAUUGCAAAUAUGAUAUUGGUGGCAAAA